UUGGAAGAAUGACAAUGCGUGCUUUUAACGUGUCUCUUUCAGAAGAGACAAACUAAGCUCAGAUCUAAUUUUCAAGAAUCAUGUGAAGAGACAAAGUAUUAGAAUGGCAUAAAAUAUGGCCCAGUUCUACUAUAAAAGAAGCGUCAAUGCUCCCUACAGAGAUCGUAUCCCUCUUCGCAUCGUACGGGCAGAGUCUGAACUGUCUCAUUCAGAAAAAGCCUAUCUGAAUGCCGUGGAGAAAGGAGACUAUGCCAGUGUAAAGAAGGCUUUGGAGGAAGCAGAAAUUUAUUUCAAGAUCAAUAUUAACUGCAUUGAUCCCCUGGGAAGAACUGCACUCCUUAUUGCAAUUGAAAAUGAGAACCUUGAGCUCAUUGAGCUGCUCUUAAGUUUUAAUGUGUAUGUGGGAGAUGCUCUGUUGCAUGCCAUACGGAAGGAGGUAGUUGGUGCUGUGGAGCUGCUGUUAAACCACAAGAAGCCCAGUGGGGAGAAACAGGUGCCACCAGUGCUUCUGGACAAGCAGUUUUCAGAAUUUACGCCAGAUAUCACACCUAUUAUUCUGGCUGCCCACACCAACAAUUAUGAAAUCAUAAAGCUACUUGUGCAGAAAGGGGUUUCUGUGCCCAGGCCACACGAGGUCCGCUGUAACUGUGUUGAAUGUGUCUCAAGUUCAGACGUGGACAGCCUCCGCCACUCUCGGUCCAGACUCAAUAUCUACAAGGCUCUGGCGAGCCCAUCGUUGAUUGCUUUAUCCAGUGAGGACCCUUUCCUUACUGCUUUUCAACUGAGCUGGGAGCUGCAGGAACUGAGUAAAGUCGAAAAUGAAUUUAAGUCAGAGUAUGAGGAACUGUCACGGCAAUGCAAGCAAUUUGCAAAAGAUCUCCUGGAUCAGACACGGAGUUCCAGGGAAUUGGAAAUUAUUCUUAAUUACAGAGAUGAUAAUAGCUUGAUAGAAGAACAAAGUGGUAAUGAUCUUGCAAGAUUGAAACUGGCAAUUAAAUACCGUCAAAAAGAGUUUGUUGCUCAGCCCAACUGCCAGCAGCUGCUCGCAUCCCGCUGGUACGACGAGUUCCCCGGAUGGCGGAGGCGACACUGGGUUGUGAAGAUGUUGACAUGUGUUGUGAUAGGACUCCUUUUUCCAGUCUUCUCUGUGUGCUACCUGAUAGCUCCUAAAAGCCCAUUAGGGCUGUUCAUCAGAAAGCCAUUUAUCAAAUUUAUCUGCCAUACUGCAUCCUACUUGACUUUUCUGUUCCUGCUGUUGCUUGCCUCUCAGCACAUCGACAGGUCAGACCUGAGCAUGCAGGGACCGCCACCAACCAUCGUCGAGUGGAUGAUAUUACCGUGGGUCCUGGGUUUUAUCUGGGGUGAAAUUAAACAGAUGUGGGAUGGUGGACUACAGGACUACAUUCAUGACUGGUGGAACCUCAUGGAUUUUGUAAUGAACUCCUUGUACUUAGCAACAAUCUCUUUGAAAAUUGUUGCAUUUUCAAAGUAUAGUGGGUUAGUUCCACGGGAGAGCUGGGACAUGUGGCAUCCAACCCUGGUGGCUGAGGCCCUGUUUGCAAUCGCAAACAUCUUUAGCUCCCUGCGCUUGAUCUCGUUAUUCACUGCAAAUUCUCACCUGGGACCUCUGCAGAUAUCUCUAGGAAGAAUGUUGCUGGACAUUUUGAAGUUUCUCUUCAUAUACUGCCUUGUGCUGCUAGCUUUUGCAAAUGGAUUGAACCAGCUGUACUUUUACUAUGAGACAAAUGAACCUGGCAACUGCAAAGGAAUACGAUGUGAAAAGCAGAAUAAUGCAUUUUCAACAUUAUUUGAAACGCUACAGUCAUUAUUCUGGUCUAUAUUUGGACUCAUCAAUCUCUAUGUGACCAAUGUGAAAGCAAGGCAUGAAUUUACUGAAUUUGUUGGGGCCACCAUGUUUGGUACCUAUAAUGUAAUAUCUCUGGUUGUUCUACUCAACAUGCUAAUAGCCAUGAUGAAUAAUUCUUACCAACUUAUUGCUGAUCAUGCAGACAUUGAGUGGAAGUUUGCUCGAACAAAGCUCUGGAUGAGUUACUUUGAAGAAGGAGGAACUCUGCCCACUCCUUUUAAUGUCAUACCAAGCCCAAAGUCUCUGUGGUAUCUAAUCAAAUGGUUAUGGAGACACCUUUGCAAGAAAAAAAUUAGAAGAAAGCCUGAAAGUUUUGGAACAAUAGGGAGACGUGCAGCUGACAAUUUGAGAAGACAUCAUCAAUACCAGGAAGUUAUGAAAAAUCUAGUUAAGAGGUAUGUUGCAGCAAUGAUAAGAGAUGCCAAAACUGAAGAAGGAUUGACAGAAGAAAAUUUUAAGGAGUUAAAACAAGAUAUUUCCAGCUUUCGCUUUGAAGUCCUGGGUUUGUUGAAAGGAAGCAAGCUGUCUAAUUUGCAGACUGCAAAGAUGAACAAAGACACUGCCUCUCUGUCAGAAAAUGAAGAAAAUAGCGAGAGUGAAGGAAACAAGAAAGGAAAGAAAAAACCCUUCAGCCUUUUUGACAUAACAACGAUGAUUCACCCACGAUCAGCCAAUAUUGCCUCUGAAGGGCAUAAUGUAAGCAAUGGCUCAGCAAUGAUGGUGUCAGAGUCCACUCAGGAGAAACAAAAGCGUGUGAAUUUUGUAACAGACAUAAAAAAUUUUGGGUUGUUUCACAGACGAUCAAAAACAAACUCUGUGGAGCAGAGUACAAAUAAAAUAUACACUGUUUCUGAAGAGGUUUCCCGUCAACAGGCAGAAGAACAAUGUGAGAAAACUGAUGAACUGGAACAGGGAGAGUUGACCAUGAACUGUGAAUUAAAUAUCCAAAAUCCUGACAAAAAAUGUGUGUUAGCUGAUUCACAAAAUAACAGCAACUCUUUGGAUUCACAGGAAGAGGGAAGUAUUUGUAUUUUAGAAACAGAGAAAAUGGAGUUACAGAACUCAGAACCUGCCACACCGCAGGAUCAGCUGGACAAGGCAUUAGAUAUUAGCAUUGACUCUGCUGGAAAACAGGAAACAAUUAUUCAGGGUGACUAUGUGAUAACAAGGUUGUGAUGCUUACAGGAGGAAGCAUUUACAAAUAUAUAUAUUUUGCAUAGUGCUUUUGGGGAGGGGGGAAUGUUUUAAGAAUUAUAUUAGCAAAUGCAGAAUUACACUUUAUAGUACUCAACUGUGGCACUUGAUCUUGUAACAUAAUAGUCAAAAGAAAGAUAAUAUGAGGACCUUCUGUUUUGUAGCCUGCUUUAGCUUUCACGAUUUGUUUUACAUUUUUUAAUAAAUGGAAGCAUCUUGUAUUCUUGUACUGUUGCAAUAACCCACAGAAACUUUUUAGCUAUCUUUUUCAAUUACAACAAAUGCAAUUUCUGUCAUAUGAUAGUUGACUCCUAUGAUAAAUAUUUUUCUAUGCAAAUAAAAAGUAGCUUAAGAGACUUGUAAGCCUUUAUUUAACUUUGUAGGUUCUUAAAAUAUUCUGGGCAUCAUAACAAUCAUACGUGGCUCCUGUCAGCAUAAUUCAUGUCAAGCUAUUAGAAUCAUUUAUUUAAAUUGCUAGAAAUUUAAUUUGUUUCAAAAGCUAUACAGAAUCAAAAGAUAAAUUAUAUUCUUUUAUUUAUUGAAGGAACAUGAAUACCUGUAAAUUAUGAAAGAUUGGUCUAUUUGAUUAUUUAAUUACAGCUUCUCCCUCACAGCAACAGGAGUAUCACUGUCCUGAUACCAUUGCUAGAAAUGCAUUUGCAGGGUUUGAAGACUGUGAAAAGUGUUUCUUGUAGGAAAAAAAUAUCUGUGGUUUGCUAAAAACUGAUGAUGGAUUACUCCCCAGGAAUCCAUAAUCACCACAGUUAUUGCUUCUUCAAUGAUUAAUUUUUCCUAACAUGAACAACCUAUGCACUUUAAUAUUCAGCUGCUUAUUAGCUUUUGCCUUUACAAUACACUUGCAUUUGCUAAGAGAAAGAUACUUCAGGACUAAGCAAGCAUACAGUGAUCCCCUGAGUACCUGGAAAAUAUGGCAAUUUUUUGAGAAGUUUUAAAAGGCAAGCCUUAAGAGAGUUUCUUUGACAAUUUCAGAAUUUAGGGCAACCUGAUUGGAUGUUUUAUAAAAAAUACCUAAAUGUAUAAAGAAAACCUGAUAGUAUUUUUAACAACUGAUGAGUGAGUUAUUGUCUUAGUCAAAACCAGUAUUUUUUAAAUUAAACAGUCUGCUUCUUUUUAAUUGUUGACUGGUGUCCUACAUUAUUAAAAAUGUAAUUUUUCAACUGGCCUGAGAAUGACCACCCUCGAACUCUCAUUCUUUUCCUCCCUGAAUAUACCAAAUAACUUAACUUCCCUAGCCCUGCCAUGAUAGAUUUUGUAGUUCAUAUUAGCCUGUAUUAAGAAAACUCCGGAUCCAUAGUGUACAUUUACAUUUCAGAUUAAAUCUAUCACAUGUUACUUCCACCUCGUAGGAACUGAUCCAAAGCCAUAUCGUUCUGGAUCUAAACUGUCCUGAUGCUGAACUGAAUUUUGAAAAUCCAGGCAAAUCCCUCUCAUCUCAAUACUUUUAGGUGAGUUUUCCAGCUCUACUUUACACUUGUGCUACUCUCUCUGAGCUCACAUAUUGAAAGCUUUCUUCCUGCAUAUCUGUUUGUGUCAUGGCAGAUAUAGUUGAACCACAGUGGAAAAUAUGAGCUGUAAUUGGAAAAUAGUUUGUAUAGCUUUGCAGUAAUGCAUUCAAACCAUAUUUGAUUCAUUAAUUUCCAUCUUGGCCUCUUGACUGCUCUGUAGACCCCCUCCACGUCUCUCUCCUUGUCCACCUUUAGAUUGUAAGCUCCUCGGGGCAGGGCCUGCAGCUUUUCUGUUUGGAAAGCACCUGAAAUAUUACAAGUAUAAAAAGAAAUAAA